GUGCUUACAGAUUUCACUUUCCGGCGUUUGCUUCCCGGAGCAUUGCGUAGGAUUAAACAAUGUGAUUGGCCUUGCUUUUUUUCACACCAUUUUCCACCCCACAGAGGAAAACUCGGACAACCCGAUACACAAUCGAAAGUAUGUUUAUCACCCCUAUGGAGCAAUGGACGGUCAAGAAGGAGCUGUACUCAAAAUAGAACUCCUGGCCAUUCCGAGAGCGGAGAAUCACGGUUACCUAUAUUCUCCGAACUGCAAGGUGUAAAGUAAUUCCUCCAGGGGUGGUGUCUGUCUGGAAUAGGACCUUUUCAAAUUUGUGUAUAAACAAAGAUUCACCGAUGAUGCUUUUGCUCUCUAGUCAACCGGAAUACAACAUCCACACAAACGAGCUGUUCACGGUGCUCCCACACGUCGUUAAGCUGCUAAAUAGGGCGGGAUGCGUUAAAGAUGUGGUGAAACAACCGGUCACGAUCUUAACCAAAGCGCACAGGUUAUACAGGUGGCAUUCGAUUUUAGUGUUGAUCGAAACGCGGCACACUCGAGUCGUGGGUCUUUCGCCGUUCGGUAAAUACUGUUCACAGCAAACUCUUUCCUAGUGUGAUGGAUUUCUGCAAUCAAAUAUACUCAGAAGUGAUGUGUGCCUUUUUAAUAACGCUGAUACUGGUUCGCACGGCUGGCAGUGACUCGAAAACCAUCAACUGUCCCGUAUCCGAACGGAUCGAUCUGACGGACGGUGUUCCGGAUGUGCAGGGUUUAGUUCGGUUUGCGGGAAAUAUUUAUUCGCCUGAAAAUUACACAACCUCCGCAGAAAAUCGACGCUAUAGCUGUGUGUGUUCGCAGCGUAAGUGUGUGUACGUGUGUUGCUUCUAUAUUGACCAGUCGCAGUGUGAGGCGUCAUCACUGCCACUAAACCGAACCUCUUCCAAUCGGAUCAGCUGGAUGGACAGUAUGGUUGAGGAGGUCGAUCUGCGAGAGAGUAGUGAGUUCUGGCUGAUUUACGCGACGCCACCGGCCUGGAGCAAUAUGCCCGGAUACGCAUUGCAGAUCUCUGGCCACGAAGGUGAACUGAUCAAUGAUGGUAGCUUUGCGUACGGAACGAAGGUGUAUGCGAUCGGGACGUAUUGUAUAAAUCCUGCCGAAGAUUCAAUGCCCCACGUGUGGAUAAAGGAAACGGACGAUCAUUUAGAGGUACACCGUUGGCAUUCAUUGGGCUUGAUCACUUCCAUACCAUUCCUUGUUGCAACAUUGAUUGUGUACGCACUCAUACCGGACCUACGGAACAUCCCUGGCAAAUCGUUGAUGUGUUACGUGUUCGCGCUGAUGGUCAGCUAUUUAGUGUUGAUACUGAUCAAGCGCAGCGUAUUCGAUAGCUCACCCAAAUGGUGUACUGCAAUCGGGUAUGCGUACUACUUUUCGGUAAUGUCGAGCUUCUUCUGGCUGAAUGUGAUGGCAUUCGACAUCUUUUGGACGUUUGGAGGACGCCGCAGGCGAACGACCGACCAGGGCAAAUUUUUACUGUACUGUUGCUAUGGGUUUGGAUGUCCGCUGGUAUUCCUGGCGAUCGCAUUAGUGGCCGAUCACACAGAGCUGAUGUAUACGAGUCUUCGGCCAGGAUUUGGAGAUGGACAGUGUCUGUUUAAGGACGAACAAUUUGUGUCCUUCCUUUAUCUUUACCUUCCGUUGGUACUGUUGGUGAGUGCGAACCUGUUUUUCUUCAUCAGUACUGCUGUUAAGAUUAACAGCAUUGAACGCACCACGGCCGCUGCACUCCGAGGUGAAUCGGGACGACACAACAAGUACAUGAACGAACGAAAUAGAUACGGCCUAUACGUUCGAUUAUUUGUGGUAAUGGGUGUAACGUGGACGUUUGAGUUUAUAACCUGGAUUGUGGACUCUCAAAACUGGUUGGCAUACGUGACGGACGUUUGUAACUGCAUCAGUGGUGUGUUUAUAUUUUUCCUGUUCGUUUGGAAGCGCAAAGUGUGGAAGCUGCUGCAACAGAGGCUUAACGGAAAGCAAGUUCAACGAAACAAUCAACCGCUGUUCUCUGUGAGCGGAACCAGAACGACUAGUUUGGCACCUACUCGCAAGUUGUCCAGUGUAAAGCUGGACGCUUCAAGUUUUUAGAGAUUAUUGCAGUGGAAUGUUUUUAGAAUCAGUUUACACUACCAUGACAAUGAUUGUAGAAAUAUUGAAAAGAGUUUACAUUAAUUGUUGAUCAAUUUCCGGUUUUGAGGAAAUGGAAGAAUAUCUUCAUUUUAUUUUAUGUUUUCUAUUAACUAAUCAAGAAGAGUUUAAUUUGUGGUUUUGAUGAUAUUAAAGCAGUAAAUUAAGUAAUUUAGUAAAUUGCAUCUCUUCCUCGUUUAGCACUAGUUUUUUUUUAUGAAUAUAUUCUUACCGGGCAUAAGUUAGAACUCUGUUUAUUGUUUAAAUCGUUACUAAAAACAUUUGAAUUCGAUGACCAAUUGCAUGACAAUUUAAAGAACAAUCAAAAACACAAUAAAAUAUAUUUUAAAAGCAAAAUUACUAUAAUUUGCCUUUGUGAAAUAAAAUCGAUACAAAAGAAGUGUUUCUGCUACUCUCCGCUAGAGGACACCAGUA